UUUUCUUUUUUUCCCCCCCUCUUGGUGCAUCUGACCUCUUUGGCUGUGUUUCUAUGGUUCAGAAGUCCUAAUAACUUGCCGUUGGUUUUAGGCAGUUGUAAUAUUUUGCAAGAAAUAGGAACACUCCAGGGGGGAUAAUCCUCAGAUUUAAACAGCAAAUAAAUCCGUGGGCUCUGCAGCCAAAUCGGCUAUGAAUUUGGACAGCUAGAUGAGUGGCGUAUGAAUUUUAAGAAAUGAAUCAACAAAUAAAAAUGAAUGCCAUUGGUACAGCGCAGUCAAUGUGGGGACCGAUAUGUUGGAACUUGACUGCCAUUUGACCAAGGAUGAACAAGUGGUGGUUUCACACGAUGAGAAUCUGAAACGGUCGACCGGGCUGGAUGUCAAUAUAUCAGACCUCAAAUACUCAGAACUCCCUCCGUAUCUCUGCAAGUUGGAAGUCACUUUCCAGAAAGCAAUACUUCACGCGUUCUGGAUGUGAGGACGUCCCAGGGUUCUUCUCCCGGAAGCUCUGCCCCACUGAGAUGGGACCAACCCUUGAAGCCUGGUCCUUCAUCUGUCGUUUGGGAGUGAGAAAUCCAGGGUUAUUUCUAUGGGGGAGGCUGGGUUCCAAGCAUCCCAAGGCAGCUGCCAAUAACUCCCCCAUGUCCUCAGCAGCAACCAAAUUCUGCUUGUGUACAUCAGAAUGCCAGUGCGAAGGUGAAGACAGACGUAUCCCUCUCCUUCAAGAGGUGUUUGAGGCCUUUCCCCACACGCCGGUCAACAUCGACAUCAAAGUGAACAACGACCUGCUUAUUAAAAAGGUUUCCGAGUUGGUGAGCUCUUACAAACGGGAACAUUUGACCGUUUGGGGCAGCGUGAGCCAUGAGGUUGUGGAAAAGUGUCACAAAGAGAACUGCCACAUCCCCAUCCUUUUCUGCUUGCGCCGUGUCCUCCUCCUCCUCGGCCUCUUCUACACUGGCCUCCUUCCUUUCUUUCCGAUCAUGGAAGACUUCCUGGAAAUCCCCAUGCCUUCCAUCAUUCUCAAAUUAACUCUGCCCACUGCCCGCAGUUUGAUCCAGAUUGGCUUAAGGAUGAUUCCGCCUUCCGUCCUUCCGAGGCUGAAAGAAUCGGAGAAGAUUUCAAAGGGCCAGCGAUUCACCAUAUGGCUUAUUGACAUAUUAUUAAUGAGGAAAACCUUAUUUGAUCACCUCACUGCUCGAGGAAUUCAGGUCUACAUCUGGGUGCUGAAUGAAGACCAGGAAUACAAGCGAGCCUUCGACCUGGGGGCCACCGGCGUGAUGACCGACUAUCCCACCAAGUUGAAGGAAUUCCUCCACAACUAUCCGGCGUGAAGCCGGGGCAGAGCCACCGCCACCGCCGUCAUCGCUUCUUCAGAGUAGAGAUCGGAAGAGACCCAACCGAACCCAAGGAGAGGAUCCACUCUUCCAUUUGAGCUUUUUUCAGCAAACGUCCACCCGCCGUCACACAAUACAACCCGACAACUUGGUUUCGAUGACCCUCGUUCUUAAAAUGUCACGCCACGCCAUGCCGCCGUAUUCAUUAACGGCCCUCGAUGGCGGGGUUGACUCUCUCACUCUCCUCCUUUGUAAAUAGCUUGGUUUGAGUGGUCACCUCCUCACCCUAGAGACCUGGGGCCCCUUGGCGAGGCCACGUGAAAAACUGGGGGGGGACGGACGGAUGACAUGACCUCUUGGCGUGUCCACCGAAGUCUUUCCAGCUACGCCCUUGAGGUUGAAAGACGUGCGAUGACUCCCCCCACCCUCCCCGAACUUCUUUGUGAUUUGAACGCAGCACCUGAGACAACCACUUUAAAUAGGGGGCCCAUGGCCAGUAAAGUCCUCCAUGGAUAUAUCAGGGGUGGCUUCCUGUGGUGAACAACUAUUGUUGUUGUGUUGUCGUUGAAUUUUUAGCUGUGCCUAGCGAGUUAGGGCAGGAUCUCCCAAGCACUCAUAACAUUAUUAGACCAGGGGUGUCCAAUCUGUGGCAACUUUUUAAGACCGAUGGAACUUCAACUCCCAGAAUUCCAGCAUACUGACCGAGGGAUUCUGGGAGUUGAAGUCCACCGGUCUUAAAAGUUGCAAAGACCAGACAGCCUUCCAUUAGAGACUUCCUACGUCUGUGUGCUUGUUCUAAUCUCAGAUCUAGAAUGGCCACUUGGCCACUUGAAGAUGGGUGGACUUCAGCUCCCAGAAUUCUAAGAUGCUGGCUGAGGGAUUCUGGGAGUUGGAGUCCAUCCAUCUUCAAAUGGCCAAGGUUGAGAAACCCACGAAUCUCGAACGUGGCAAUAGUUUUGCAAUUAGUUGCAUCUGUUGGGUCAGGAUUGUUUGCCUAAUUUAUUGUACAAGGGCCAGGCCAUAAUAGCUGCCCCAUACCUCUAUAUGUCAGUCAAGUGUUUUAAAAACAAAUUCUAUUGUCAUGAGCCAGGACGGAAAAGACGUUUAAUAACGGGGAAAUUUGGAUAUUAGUGCAAGAGAUAAACAGAUAUUAUUUUUUAAUUUUUUUGUCGUUGUUUUCUUCCUUGUUGACAAAUCCGAAUAGAUAUAUAGAUAUAUAUGGCCUGCCUCUUAAUGUGAAUAGAUCUUGCCAACGUGGCUGGCAAUCCAUCCCAGAUCAAACUUUUUCAGCAUUUUUUUUUUUCAAAUUAGCACUCUUUGUGGCCAGUCUAGAAAUACCACUGCCUUUCGUAUUGCCGGAGAUUACAGCUGCUUAAAUAGGAACGUUGUCCUAGAAAACUUUGGCACCAGUGUUGAAAAUACCUGCUUUGCCAAAUGUCCUUCGGUUACUUGAUCUCUUGUUGUUUGCAAGGGGCAUUUGGUGUGCCGGCGGGUCAGCUGGAAUUUAGUUUACUGUUGUUGUUUUUUGUUAAGGUGACUUUUUUUUUUUUAAAGGGGAAGCGGAGCCCCGAGUACAGGACGAACGUGCCCUAAAAAUCUGGGAGGGGGGGAAAAAUGUCUCUUUUUUUUUUUAGAAAAAGGAAUGUAGAUUUUGUACUCUGCUUCUCUGUAGCCAUUCCUGAGCUUGGCUUUUAAUCUGUACUACAACCUAUGUAGCAGUUUUGGGAUUAGAGCAUUAAAAAGGAAAAAAAAAAACCUUUCACCAUCCAUGUGCCGAAAUUUGGUUGCCUUUCUUCAAACGCGCUCUUCAAAAACCUUCUCCCCCAUGUCAAAGAUUUCCUUCCUCUCUCUGAUUUUUCUGCUAUCAAAGUACAGUUUGGAAGUUAACAACCGCAACUGAGCCCCGGAAUUUUGGUAGAACAGGUGGUCCUCGACUUGCAACAGUUCAUUUAGUGACCGUUCAAAGUUAUGACGGCACCAAAAAAAGUGACCCCUGACCGUUUGUUUUUUUUAGUUACCACAUUAGCAGAAUACCCAUGUUCAUGUGCUCAGAAUUCAGAUGCUUGGCAACUGGUUCAUACUUGCGACCGUUGCCGUGUCCCAGGAUUAUGGGAUCUCCUUUUGCAACCUGACAAGCAAAGUCAAUGGGGAAGCCAAAUUUCCCACUUAAUUUUUAUUUUUUUAUUUUUUAUUUUGAAUUUAUAUCCCACCCUUCUCCGAAGACUCAGGGCGGCUUACACCCUUAACACCCUGUGUUAAGCAAUAGUCUUCAUCCAUUUGUAUAUUAUAUGGCCGGGAUAGCUCAGGCAGUAGAGAAGCCUGUUAUUAGAACACAGAGCCUGCAAUUACUGCAGGUUUGAGCCCGGCCCAAGGUUGACUCAGCCUUCCACCCUUUAAGAGGUAGGUAAGGUAGGUAAAAUGAGGACCCAGAUUGUUGGGGGGGCAAUAAGUUGACUUUGUAAAAAAAAUAUAUAAAUAGAAUGAGACUAUUGCCUUAUACAUUGUAAGCCGCCCUGAGUCUUCGGAAAAGGGCGGGGUAUAAAUGUAAACAACAACAAAAAAAAGUUAACUUUUAUUGCCCCCAACAAUCUGGGUCCUCAUUUUACCUACCUUAUAAAGGAUGGAAGGCUGAGUCGACCUUGGGCCUGGUGGGACUUGAACCUGCAGUAACUGCAAGCAGCUGUGUUAAUAACAGACAGACUUAGUCUGCUGAGCCGCCAGAGGCCCUAAUCACCGGGUUACUAAAUAACUGCAGUGAUUCACUUAACAACUGUGGCAAGAAAAAUCGUAAAAUGGGGCAAAACUCACUUAACAAUUUUUCUCUUAAACAACAGAAAUGUUGGGCUCAAUAGUUGCCGUUAAGUCGAGGACUGCCUGUAAAUCAUUGUGGUCGUUAAGCGGGACCCCACGUGACUGGAUUGAAUUUUAGGAUUGGUUUACAAAAAGGAUAAAGCGAAUCACCGUGGUCAUUGAGCGUAUCAUGUAGUCAUUAAGCAAAACCACGGGAUUAACUAAAUACCCUGCAACUGUCAUAAGUACAAGUCAGUUGCCAAGCAUCUGAAUUUUGUUCACGUGACCGCGGGGAUGCUGCAACAGUUGUGUGAAAAAUGGUCAUAAGUCACUGUUUCCAGUGUCGUCGUAACGCCAAACAGUCACUAAACGAACUGUUGUAAGUCAAAGACUACCUGUAUGUGAUCUUCAAAGGGAAAAAUAACCUGCUUUCCCAAGAGAGUUCUACAUUCUCCACAGGUAGUCCUCGUUUACUAGCGAUCAUCAGUACCAGGAAUUGCAUCCUUAAAUGGUACGGUCAUAAAGCCAUAACGUCCGUGUCCCAGUUGACAUUGUUCAGCAAAUCCUGUAAAAUCCUGCAGUCCCAUGGUCCCAUUUUUGACUUCCUGCUGCCUUUCCCAGUGACUUCACUUAUCGGAAGCCAGCAAGGAAGGUCCCAACGGGUGAUCAUGUGACCACAAGAUGCUUGCAAUGUCGUAAUUGCAAGCACUCAAAUCACAAUCACGUUAUUGCUAGGAUGAAGUCCCGAGAACCGUUGUAAGUACCCCUCGUUCAGAGCUGUGUCGUAACUUUGGUCACCGUACGAGCGGACAUGGAGCGAAGACUACUCAUAAAAAGUUCAGUUGAGUUCCAAGCUAGCAGUCUCUCCAGGUGCUGUUAGAAGAUGAUUAAAUGGUGGCUUGGAUCAGAGAUGGGCCUAUUUUUUUCCCCUCAACCGUUUGAGGAAUGUCACUUUGUCUUGGUCUCGUUAAGAGUUGCCCCAACAGGGUUAACGCUACGGGAAUUGAGCUUUCCCUCACACGGAAAAGGUAAUGAAAGACAGAUUCAAUUUAGAAAGGAAAAACAUAUCCCUUGACUUCUCUGCUCCAACUGGCAAAGCCCAGUUCAUCAUUAGCUUAGAUUGCAGGAUGUUCUCUUUGGGUCUAUGACAAUUUGCCAACUUGCCAUGAUACCAACUUGCCAUGGCAAUCUCACCACGACCAACUUGUCAUGGCCAACUUGCCGCGGGACAAUUCACUGUGGGACAAGAGUUACACUAAUAUCAAAGAAAUGGUGGAAUAGAAUCAUGAAAGAAAGAAUGCAAAAGGAGGAACAGAAUAAAAUGUGAAUGGCAUAAUUAAAAUAUUUAUUUAUUUUGAAUAAUGAAAUUGAAUUGUUCAAUAGUCCUGCGGUGAGUUGUCCCACACAGUGAGGUGGUCGUCACAAGUUGCCCCAUUCUGGUUCUCUUUAGUAGAUUUGGAUAAAUCCAUGUAGGCAGUCCUCAACUUAUGACCACAAUUGGGAGAACCGGAAGCGUCGUGGCGAUACUGGCUGGAAAAUAGUGAAGCACCAACGAGCGUCAUAAAAAUCCAGCCAGACAAACCGCUGUUGGAGUCUUUGGACUGGAACCGACUUGGAGGGACAGGAAAGAAAGUGAGGUGCCUCGGAAGACCAAGAGGAACAGGCAAGUUCCUCAAAGGGUUGGAGGCAGCUCUUUGAUCCAGCGGUGGGGGCGGCGGCCAUUGAAACGACCGCUACAAGCUGGGGCAACCGGACUAAA